UUCGGCGUGAACGUGUUUAAUGUGACAGUUCAGGGUCUGACAGGUUUAAUACAGUAGAAGCUAACAGUUGAGCUAACGGCUAGCUCAGCCUCAGGUUUUGGUUUCUGUCAGAGGUGAAACUGGUCCCAGUUGGAUGUUUAUUCAGGUUUGAUCUGCAGAGAAAACAUCAAAACAAGGACGAUCUUCAUCAACCAGUCAUGUCGUCUGGUUCAGAUCCUCCAGGAUCUGGGCUGAAGUCCGUCAGGAGAUCCCCUCGCCUGUCUCCCCAGGUCAGCGGCAGCAACUCUAAAGGGAACGAGGGAAGGAAAGGAGGCAGCAGUCUGCAGGAGGCGAAGAGGAGAGGAAGGAUGGAGAGGAGCAGAGAGGAGAAAGAAGAUGAGCUGAAUGACAAACUGCAGCAGCUGGAUCUGUCUAGCAGAGAAUCAGCCUGUGGAACUGGUCUGGUUUAUACUGAGACCUUCACUCACCAUAAGAACCUGUGGGAACCCAGUCAUCCAGAGUGUCCAGACAGAGUGACGAUGAUCAUGACAGAACUGGAAAAACAAGGACUGAUGUCUCACUGCAUCAGAGUGGAGCCCAGAGAAGCUACAGAAGAAGAGCUGCUUCUGACCCACAAGAAACAAUACGUGGAUUUAAUGAAGUCGACUCAGACGAUGUCGGAGAGUGAACUUCAGUCUCUGUCGGAUAUGUACGACUCUGUUUACAUUCAUCCUGAGUCUUUCCAGGUGGCGCUGUUGGCCGUGGGUUCGCUUCUGCAGCUCGUCGACAAAGUCAUGACGUUUGAGAUGAGGAACGGAUUCGCCGUCGUCAGACCUCCAGGUCAUCACGCUCAGGCCAAUCAGGCGAAUGGUUUCAGCAUAUUUAACAACGUGGCGAUCGCUGCUCGCUACGCUCAGACCAGACAUUCAGUCAGCAGGGUACUGAUUGUGGACUGGGAUGUUCACCAUGGUCAAGGAGUCCAGUAUCUGUUCCAGGACGACCCCAGCGUCCUGUACUUCAGCGUCCACAGGUUUGAGAACGAGUCCUUCUGGCCUCACCUCCCUGAGUCGGGUGCUACGUUUAUCGGCAGUGGUCGAGCUGAAGGACGGAACAUCAACCUGCCCUGGAAUAAGACGGGGAUGACGGACUCAGAUUAUAUCACUGCUUUCCAACAACUGCUGCUACCUGUCGCCUACGAGUUUCAGCCUCAGCUGGUUCUGGUCUGUGCUGGGUUUGAUGCAGCAGUUGGAGAUCCAAAGGGGGAGAUGUGUGUGAGCCCCCAGUGUUUCCACGUCCUCACUCACAUGUUGAUGAGUCUGGCUGAAGGCCGACUCAUUCUGGCUCUCGAGGGAGGGUAUAACCUGAAGUCGACAGCAGAGGGUGCUGCAGCUUGUGUCAGAGCUCUGCUGGGAGGGGCCUGCCCUCUUCUGACUCCACCCACUUCACCUUCACACAGCGCUUUGGAGUCCAUCUCUCAGACAGUAUCUGCUCUGUAUCCUUACUGGGCGUCGCUACAGGUUCUGGAAGGCAGCUCAUUGACCGAAAGCAGCGUCAUCAGAGCUACAGCCAAUCAGGAAAGCACAAAGAACACCAGCCCUGCCCACUCAGUUACCACGACAACAGGUCUGGUAUACGAUGAGAAGAUGAUGGAGCAUCUCAACCUGUGGGACAGACAUCACCCUGAACAGCCUCAGAGGAUUUCCAAAAUCUUUGCGAAACAUCAGCAGCUAGGGCUGGUUGACCGUUGCCAACGGAUAUCGGUUCGCUCAGCAACCGAGGAGGAGCUGGCCAUGUGUCAUAGCGUGCCGCACAUUGAGCAGAUGAAAGCCACUGCAGCGAUGAAGCCCAGAGAUUUGUACAAACUGGGAGAAGAGUUUAACUCCAUCUACAUCAACAACCAGAGCUACCAGUGUGCCCUGCUGGCUGCUGGGAGCUGCUUCAGCGCUGUGGAGAUGAUCAUGAAGGGGGAGGUGAAUAAUGGCGUGGCCAUCGUUCGUCCUCCUGGUCAUCACGCGGAGAAAGACUCGCCCUGUGGCUUCUGUUUCUUCAACACGGCUGCGCUCGCUGCACGUCACGCCCAGAAAAUCUCCCAAGAUCCAAAACUGCGCGUCCUCAUCUUGGAUUGGGAUGUUCACCACGGCAACGGGACGCAGCACAUAUUUGAGGAUGAUGACAGCGUCCUUUACGUCUCACUCCAUCGCUAUGACAACGGGGCCUUCUUUCCAUCUUCAGAAGACGCUGCACCUGACCGCGUGGGCUUGGCACAGGGGGCGGGGUUUAACGUUAACGUGGCGUGGAGCGGUGGACGAAUGGGCGACUCUGACUACCUCGCUGCGUUUCAUCACAUUAUCAUGCCAAUCGCCACCGAGUUUAACCCCAAGCUGGUUCUGGUGUCAGCUGGAUUUGACGCAGCUCGUGGAGACCCAUUGGGUGGAUAUCAUGUGACACCCGAGGGAUACGCCCACCUCACACACCUGCUGAUGUCACUGGCUGGAGGGCGUGUCCUGCUAAUACUGGAGGGGGGUUACAACCUGUCGUCCAUCUCAGACUCCAUGGCGAUGUGCACCAGCGUGUUGCUAGGAGACCCUCCUCCCUCCCUGGUGACUCCUCUCCCUCCUCCUCACCACUGCGCCGUGGCAACGAUCAAUGAAGUCAUCCGACACCUCUCCCCCUACUGGAGCUCACUGAGGAUACACAUCCCAGACUCUGUUCGGGCCUCCCUGCCCUCCCUAAAGCAUCGUGGGAAACGUGGUUCCAAAGGAAAAGGCAGGAGGUCGGAGCAGGGCAGCUCAGACAAAGCUCUGCUGCCCCCUACAGGACAGGAGGCGGAUCGCAGUCUGGACCAGCUCACUCAGGGAUUGGCCAGUUUGGACAUCAGUCAGACCACUCCUGUUACGUCCACUCCAGUGGGUGGAGCCAGACCAAAGGUCCGCCUCAGCACAGAGCCGGUCUCCUCCGAUAUAGAAAUAAAGGGGGAGUCAAAUGAAGAGUCACUUGUGCCGAGCCAAUCAGAGGAUAGUACUAAGUCACAGCCUCAGGCUGUUCCCACAACAGCAUCAGAGGUGGUUGCUACUGGCAACGAAGCUCCAGCUGAAGCAGGGGCGGAGGCAGAAGCAGAGGGAGCGUGUGGUUGGUCAAAGCCUAAGAUGUCUCUGGAGCUGACGUGUGGAGUCGAGAUGGGCGGAGACACCAUGUAUGUGGUUGACCCUCUGCCCUGGUGUCCUCAUCUGGACUCGGUGAAGCCCCUCCCUUCGUCUGGUAUCGACAUCUUCCUGCCGUGUCAGGACUGUGGCUCUGAGGCAGAGAACUGGAUCUGUCUCACCUGUUACCAGGUGUUCUGUGGCCGUUACAUUAAUGAACACAUGGUGAUUCACGGCGUGACGGCGGAGCACCCAGUGGUCCUGAGCUUUGCCGACCUGUCGGUGUGGUGUUACCUGUGUGAGGCCUACGUUCACAACCAGGUUCUGUUUGAAGCCAAAAAUGCUGCUCACUGUGCGAAGUUUGGAGAGGAGAUCCCUCCAUGGACCUGAGAGGAGAAGGAGGCGGGGCUUAAAGGAGGACAGGAGGGGCUAGGAGUAAUAUGAGGCGGAGCUAGGCUGAUGAGGGGAGGAGCCAAGAGCAGACAGACAGUAUGGAAACCCCUAUUUUUUCUGUUUUCACUCUUUCAAUAAGUUGAAGUCACACUUUUAAGUGUGUUGCCGUGGAUACCGCAGGUGUCAGCAGUGGUGCUUUGUGGGAAAUGUAGUCGAAUAUGCCUUCAUUGUCCCACAACUGCCAAAAAAAAAGAAGAAAUAAAAUAGUAUUAAUAGUAAUCUUUCUCAUUUGGUGCUGACCAUCAUCAUCAUCAGCAAGUUGUCGGUUCAAAUCCCUGGAAAUGUGAUGUUUUACCAGCAGGAGGACGACGGUUAAAGUGAUGCUUUUAAGUAGAAACUGAAGUUUUUUGGAUGAAGUUUGAUGUUUAGAACAGAGGGGAUUUUUUUUCCCUCUUAUUUACAGUGUUAAUAUUCAUUUCGUCACUAUUUUAGACAAACACAGUCUGAUCGAACAGGCCUGAACUCAGCUCUUCAGUUUAUCGACCUUUUUCACAGGCAAUGCUUGGACUAAUUUUGGCGGAAAUUGCAGCUGUUAUUGAUAAAUUUUUUUCUUUCACUUUCAUUUUUUUAGUGUUGGAAACAGUUGGAACAGAAGUAGAAUCCAUCUCAUUUGUAAAACUUGUGAUUUUACGGCUGUAAAAAGAGGUAACCGUGUUGAGUAGAGUUUUAAACGCUGAUAUAAGAACACAAUUUUAGAUCUACAGUACUGUACACAAGUCUUAAACCACCAUUAAAUAUGUUUUUUUAAGUAAAGUUACAUACACAGGCAUUUCUCAAUUCCUGAAUCGACAUCUAUACAAGAAUAUACAGGAAAUAUAUAAACAGUAUUACACAUUAAAAAUGAAAGUUAAAAACGUGUAUAUUAUAGAAGCUGUGCUGUGGUAAACAAAGUCCAAAAAGUCCACGUCAGAUUCUGGGAUGUUCUGAAGGAAACUUGGUAUAAUAUACAACAUUAUUUAAUAAAAUUUCCAGUCAGUCAGGCCAAGAAAAUACAAGAUGUAAUAAAUAGAAGUCACUCUGUACUGACCUUUGCCUGUAGAAACCAUUUAGCUCUGAUGUUUUUGUGUGUGUUUUAAAUACUGUGCACACAUUUCAUUUAAUAAAGAAACUGAGAAAUAAUUAUGUAAAUUCACUAAAACCCAGCAAAGAACGAAGCUAGCCAUGGUCUAAGACUUUUGUGCAGCACUGUAUAAAAUUAAAAAAAAACAAAAAACAAAAAACUAGAAAACUGACUUUUGGAAAUAAACUAUCUGUAAUAUCAGAUAUUGAAAUAUUUA